ACCGAGACCCUGAUCAACCGACCGUUACACCGUAGCGCACACCCCUAGAAACAUCAUGUACCGGUAAUAUUUACCACGUUGUACUCCCGGCUGCACGACAUUAUCUUCCUCUAUCACGACACGAACCUUCCAGUGUUUGAUCACGAUUUUGCUGAUAAGGUCUGCGGAUAGUCCUGUUUUCUACCCAAGUUACAGAAAAUGAGGUUCAAAUUGCGUCAUAGGGAUGACUCGCAGCACACCACUUAUGUGCAUGAUAACCCGGUCUCUGAAGCAGCCUCCAUUUGCAUUCUUCGGUACUUAUCGAAUCCAAAAAAAAAGGAAUCUCGCUACACAAGUUAAGCCACAAUGUACACUUCGCAACGCGGCAAACGAACGAUCCAGCAACUUCCUAUCCUGGCACGCAAAGGGCACAAUGCGAUCCUGAGAUCCAACUACAUCGAAGAUAUCAUCCAUGCGAUAGGGGAAUGGAGCUGCCAACGGGUGGUUCUUGUCUACUCGAAGGCACUUGAUGCUAACACAGACGUUGUGAAGAAGCUCAAGGAAAAGCUCGGACACUUCGUUGUUGGCAAGAAAGCCGGCGUUGGUGCACACUCACCGUACGAAGAUGUACUCGAAAUUGCAAGACUCCUGAACGAGAGAGAAGCGGACUGUUUACUCAGCAUUGGAAGCAGCAGCUACUCGGACGCUUGCAAAAUCGCUCGCCUGAUGCAGACGAACCUCAGCCCUGAAAACCUUACAACGGAAGCUAUGGAAGCUCUCGUGAAUCAAGAGAAGGGCACAGUAGACGACCUCAAAGACCCCAAGAUACGGCUCAUACUCGUUCCCACCAGUCUGAGUGCAAGUGAAUGGAACAACAAAUCGUCAGCAACCAGCCCUACAACACAGAAAAAGCAGCACUUCGCCAGUCCAAAUGCUGCACCUGACCUCAUCCUUCUCGAUCCUGAGGUCGCUUCAACCUCACCCAGGAAGCUCUGGCUCUCAUCUGGCAUGCGAGCUGUCGACCAUUGUGUGGAGACGAUGCUAAAUGAUCAGUGCAAGACCGAUGCUUUCCAUCACAUGGAAGACGCCCUCGCCAUCCUUCUCAAGGGUCUGAAAGACUACAAGGACGGCGAAAGUCAAGACGACCACGACGAACUCGUAGAUGGUAUCAGUCAAUGCCAGCUUGGGAGCAGGAACGCUAUGAUGGGCUUGCUGCUCUGGAGCAUACCUAUGGGCCCAUCGCACGCAAUCGGUCAUCAGCUCGGCAGCAUCUGUGGCGUGAUGCACGGUGUCACAUCUUGCAUAAUGUUGGCACCUGUACUGCGGUACACAUACGAAGGAAGCGAAAGACAGAAGGAGGUCCAGAAGAAGGUACUGGACAUUUGGAACAAGGUGCUGAAGACAGAAGAGACAAGCCUUGCUGAUGCGGUAGAGAAUUUUGUUAAGAUGCUGGAGCUACCACACACGCUGAAGGAAGUGGGCGUAGUCAAAGAUGAAGAUCUUGAGAAGGUCGCUGAGAGCACCCUGACAGAUGUGUUCGGAGCUCAGGAGGGUCUGGUUGGCAACAAGGAUCAAGUCCUAGAGAUUCUCAACUUGGCGAGAGGUUAAACGGUAUUGAAGUCUUAUAAGUUCUCGCAUUUGAGUAGCGGCAUAUCGACUCCGUUUGUUACCAUCGUGGCUACCUUGCAAGGUGAUGGUAAAUGUGAGGCAGGAACUGCCGAACGAUCGCCGCUUCCUGCCGGACCAUCUCCGCCUAUCAAAGCAAAAGUAAUCGUCAUCGCCUCAUCAGUCAGCUGCAUCCGCGCAACAUCAACAUCAUCCAUCGCGCACUUGUCAAUUGCCAUCCCCACUCGUCCGUUAACGUGUUC